AUGGAGCUGGACACAGGAUCUGCAGGGUCUAUAAUUUCCACUACCGUCUACAAUGAGCACUUUAAGGCUAUCAAGCUGAAGAACACAAAUGUGUUGCUGAAGACAUACUCAGGAGAGAGAUUGAGCCCAAUGGGGGCGUUGCAGGUCAGAGUGCAUUAUGGGAGGCAAACACAGCAGUUACAGCUGUAUGUGGUGCCUGGAACUGGCCCCCCAUUAUUUGGCAGGGAAUGGCUUUCAAAAAUAAAGCUGAACUGGUGUGACUUGAAAAUGCUCCACACGUUCCAGUCCAAAGAGAAUGGUACAGACCAAACACUGGAACACUUGCGGAAGAAAUACAACACAGUUUUCAGUGAUCAGAUGGGAACAGUAAAAGGCUUCACAGCAAAAUUUGUACUAAGAGAUGAUGCAACCCCCAAAUUCUGCAAAGCCAGAUCUGUUCCAUACUCCCUGAGACCAAAGGUGGAAGCGGAAAUCGAUCGCUUGCAGGAUACAGGGAUCCUGACGAAAGUGGACAGAAGCGAAUGGGCCACACCCAUUGUUCCUAUUGUGAAGAAAGACGGGUCUGUUAGAAUGUGUGGGGACUUCAAGGUAACUGUGAAUUCAAUGUUGCAUGUGGACCAAUACCCCCUGCCACGCCUGGAUGACAUCUUUGCUGCACUAGGUGGUGGGAAACACUUCAGUAAAAUCGAUCUGAAACAGGCUUACCUGCAGCUACCGGUUGAAGAGAGUUCCAAACAGUACCUGACAAUAAACACACACAAAGGUCUAUACAGGUAUAACCGCCUGGUUUUUGGCAUUGCAUCAGCCCCAGCCAUUUGGCAACGAACUAUUGACCAGAUUUUGCAAGGAAUCCCAGGAACCCAGUGUAUCCUGGAUGACAUGAUCAUAACAGGACGCACCGACAAAGAGCACCUGGCUAACCUGGAAGAGGUCCUGAAAAGACUGAAAGAGUAUGGUCUACAGGCAAACUUAAAGAAGUGUGAGUUCUUCAAAGACAAGAUUGUCUUCUGUGGACAUGAGAUUGACCGUAAUGGAUUGCACAAAACACAGGACAAAAUCGAGGCAGUGGUACAGGCACCACGACCACAAAAUAUCACAGAAGUGAGAUCUUUCACGGGACUGAUCAAUUACUACAGAAGAUUCCUCCCAAACCUUUCAGCAGUACUCCAGCAUCUAAAUCAGCUCCUGGAAAAGAAUAGGACAUGGCGGUGGACAGAGCAGUGUGAAAAUGCAUUUUUGGAGGCAAAACGGCUCAUAACAUCUGAACAGGUCCUGAUGCAUUACGACCCUGAAAUGCCAGUGAAGUUGGCUUGUGAUGCGUCCCCUUAUGGCUUAGGUGGCGUCCUUUCACACACACUGAAAGAUGGGUCAGAGAGGCCAGUUGCAUUCGCGUCACGAACAUUGAAUGAUGCAGAGAAAAACUACUCACAAAUCGACAAAGAAGCACUGGCACUAGUGUGGGGCGUCAAGAAAUUCCACCCAUACCUAUAUGGCAAGCGUUUCACACUGGUUACAGAUCACCAGCCGUUGCUUUCCAUUUUCAGUCCAAAGAAAGGCAUUCCGGCAAUGACAGCAGCCAGGUUACAGCGAUAUGCCCUGUUCCUUGCCAGUCAUAUGUAUGACAUUGAGUUUAAGCCGUCAUCCCUCCACACAAAUGCAGAUGGAUUAUCCAGACUGCCGUGUACAAGAGAAAGACAAAGGAGGGUGGAUGCAGUGGACAUGUUCCAUACCGCUCAGCUCGAGGCACUACCAGUCACAAGCACAGUUAUCAAACAGGAGACAAGGAAAGAUGUGACCUUGUCACAAGUGUACACCUACACCAUGUCAGGAUGGCCAGCUACUGGCAGAAAGGAGCUGACUCUGUAUUUCCAGCGGAGAAACGAAAUUACAACGUACCAAGGAUGUUUGAAGUGGGGAAUGAGAGUCAUGAUACCCCAGAAAUGCCAACAUCUAGUUUUGCAGCAAUUACAUGAAGGUCAUGUUGGAAUUGUCAAAAUGAAGCUGCUCACAAGGAGCCACUUCUGGUGGCCAGGUCUGGAUCAACAGAUAGAAAACAUGGGGAAGAACUGUAGCGGAUGUUUGGAAACCCUUCACAUGCCUGCUCCUGUCCCAGUCCACCCAUGGGAAUGGCCCGCAGAGCCAUGGCAGAGAAUUCAUGUGGACUACGCUGGUCCCUUUGAAAAGCACAUGUUUCUGGUUAUAGUGGAUGCCCAUUCCAAAUGGCCAGAGGUGUUUUGCACUGACUCCUCCACCUCAGCUCAGACGAUAGAGUGUCUCAGAACAACGUUUGCACGCUUCGGUUUGCCACUGCAGCUGGUAAGUGACAACGCGCAAGCUUUUGUAAGUGACGAGUUUACAAGAUUCAUGACAGUAAAUGGAAUCAAACACUCAACCUCAGCCUCAUACCACCCUGCCACCAAUGGGCUGGCAGAACGCUUUGUGCAAACCCUAAAGCAAGGACUCCGUGCAGCAAAACGAGACGAAGGGACUUUGCAAACAAAACUGGCCAAGUUCCUGGCCUCCUACCGAAACACCCCACAUGCCACGACAAAUGAAAGCCCAGCCGCACUGAUGUUCGGGAGGCCUCUCCGCACACAGCUGGACAUCAUGAAGCCAAACAGGCGUAAUGAAGUGCUGAACAAACAAGCCAAGAUGCUCUCCGGUGGCCGGGAGCGCCAUCUCCAAACAGGACAGGAAGUGAUGGUGCGAGACUACAGAAGAGGAGGGAAAUGGAUAAGAGGGGCCGUACACACACAAACGGGACCCAGAACUUACCAGGUUCAAGUGAGCCCAGACAUAAUCUGGCGGUGUCACAUUAACCAAAUGCAUUCCACGGAAAACAGCACAACAAUGGAGAGAGAACAGGCACAGAGAGAUGCUGAGAGUGACACACAGGGAACUGUAGAGGACGGUGGAGCAGUAAAGAGACCCCAGGCUGAAAGAAGGGAACGUGUUGAUGAAGGUGCUGCUAUAGCAGAAGCUAUAAUGGAACAAGCACACACUGAGGAUGUUCAGGAGCCUCCAGACAAUCCGAGGCGCUACCCAGAACGAAGGCACCGUCCACCAGACAGACUAGACUUAUAAACAAACAAACAAAAACUAACUGUUCAAGUUCAAAUUAAAAGAUGCAAAAUAACUACAACAAGUUCUGGGAAAUGUUUCAGUUGUGGUUUGGUAAAAGUAACUGAUUGAAUAAGAGAAGGAAUGUUAUGUUCUGUUAAUUACUGAUGUCCCCUUUAAGGAUGGAGCACCCUUGGUCAUGCGCAGUGUUGCUCUAUG